AAUGAAUAUGCAUGACAGAUCGUCAAAGAUAAUACAAAAUCUGACAAAAUAGACAACGCAGUUUUUAUUCGUACGCAAUUCUAUACAAUGGUGGAACACACAGUGCACAGGCUUUGUAAAUGUCAACGGUUAUAAUGCGUGGCUGCUUGCAGUAACGUCCUUGUGUCCAUAAAAUGAACACAGGAAAUGGAGAAACUGUGGUUCGAUGGGCGCCAUGUUGGAUCAGAUACGCUAUACAUAUCCAUGCAAAAACUCCUGUACGGGAGCCAUAAUGGCGCACUGUCUUUUGCACUGUGAACUCGGACUUCCUUAAUCCUGGCAGGUCAGCUGACCUAUGUCGUGACAGUUUUUUUUCCCUCGCUCCACUGCUUGAUAGGAUAUUCCAAGGAUUGUCGUUCAUUUCAUGCAAAUACAGAUUGCUAACACAGAGAAUGGAUUUUUCCAAGCUGCCUAAAAUCCGAGAUGAGGACCGUGAGGGUCAGUUCGGAUAUGUGCAUGGAGUUUCAGGCCCAGUGGUGACGGCCUCUAGCAUGGCAGGUGCGGCCAUGUAUGAACUGGUGCGUGUGGGCCACAGUGAGCUGGUGGGAGAAAUUAUCCGAUUGGAGGGAGAUAUGGCAACCAUCCAGGUAUACGAGGAGACCUGUGUUGGAAGUCACAUUACAGGAGGUGAUAUCUAUGGAUUUGUGUACGAGAACUCUCUCAUCAAACACAAGAUCAUGCUGCCCCCUCGCAGCAGGGGAACAGUAACCUACCUCGCUCCGCCAGGAAAUUAUGAUGUCUCUGAUGUGGUGCUGGAACUGGAGUUUGAAGGAGUCAAGGAGAAGUUCACCAUGGUGCAGGUGUGGCCUGUGCGACAGGUGAGGCCUGUUACUGAAAAACUACCUGCAAAUCACCCCCUGCUGACUGGACAACGAGUACUGGACGCCCUCUUUCCUUGUGUCCAAGGAGGGACCACAGCCAUUCCAGGAGCCUUCGGCUGUGGUAAGACCGUGAUCUCUCAGUCUCUCUCCAAAUACUCCAACAGUGAUGUCAUCAUUUACGUGGGUUGUGGAGAGCGUGGAAAUGAGAUGUCUGAAGUAUUAAGAGACUUCCCUGAGCUAACUAUGGAGGUGGACGGCAAGGUGGAGAGCAUUAUGAAGAGAACAGCACUGGUGGCCAACACCUCAAACAUGCCUGUGGCUGCCAGAGAAGCCUCCAUCUACACUGGUAUCACAUUGUCGGAGUACUUCAGAGACAUGGGCUAUAACGUCAGUAUGAUGGCUGACUCCACCUCGCGUUGGGCUGAGGCUCUCAGGGAGAUCUCCGGACGAUUGGCUGAGAUGCCUGCUGACAGUGGGUAUCCCGCAUACCUUGGAGCCCGUCUGGCAUCGUUCUAUGAGAGAGCAGGUCGAGUGAAGUGCCUGGGUAACCCAGAGAGAGAGGGCAGCGUCAGCAUUGUGGGAGCUGUGUCUCCCCCUGGUGGUGACUUCUCAGAUCCCGUGACUUCUGCCACUCUUGGUAUUGUGCAGGUGUUUUGGGGUCUAGAUAAGAAGCUUGCCCAGAGGAAACACUUCCCUUCUGUUAACUGGCUUAUCAGUUACAGUAAAUAUACACGAGCACUGGAUGAGUACUAUGACAAACACUUCCAAGAGUUUGUGCCGCUGCGUACCAAAGCCAAAGAGAUUCUGCAGGAGGAGGAGGACCUGGCUGAGAUUGUGCAACUUGUUGGAAAGGCAUCUCUGGCUGAGACGGAUAAAAUCACUCUGGAGGUGGCCAAACUCAUUAAAGAUGACUUCCUGCAGCAGAACGGUUACACUCCCUAUGACAGGUUCUGUCCCUUCUAUAAGACAGUGGGGAUCUUGUCUAAUAUGAUAGCUUUUUAUGACCUGGCCCGGCAUGCUGUCGAAACCACAGCGCAGAGCGAUAACAAGAUCACCUGGGCCCAGAUCCGUGAACACAUGGGAGAAAUUCUUUAUCGGAUCAGCUCCAUGAAGUUUAAGGAUCCAGUGAAAGAGGGUGAAGCAAAGAUCAAAGCUGACUACGCUCAACUGCUGGAAGACAUGCAGAAUUCUUUCCGCACUCUUGAGGACUGAAAGCAACCUUUGACCCCACACGUGUCCCACCUCUCUCCUCCCCUGUGCUGUGCAGUGCAUUUCCCAGUGCUCCCUUGUGCAUGUGUACCUCUCGUCUGAAUAUACACUCAAACUGUUCAGCUGAUCUGAACGAGACGAAUGAAAGUCAGAGCUAGUAGCCAUCGCUAAUCUCAACACGGUCGUUAUAAACGCAAAAAGAGUGUGUGUUCUCACUCUAUAACUACAACUGUUACUUGGUGUUUGAACUAUAAGAUUGUAUUUUAGCAUCUUAGGCAAAUGCCUCUGUGAUCUCUCUGUGCUGAGACUCGACACUUGAAGCACAAACACAGCAAAUAUUCAUCUUCUCUUUUUCUCACCACCUGCUUUCCCAUGAGUCCUCGUUGCAUAUGUUAGGAGCGCAGGGGAGCACAGUGUUUACUCCCAUCGCAGUUUUUUUUCUCUGUGACCAAUAGAAAUGAGUUCUACAAUAAUGGGAACAAUGGAAGUCAGAAAGGGAUCAUUGAGGCUUCCCUUAUUUAUUUGAAUCUUGUUUUGUCUCAUUAAUGUGAUUUCUGCUCUGUGUGAGUGUGCAUGGGUGUGUGGGUAGAGUAUUGUGGCUUCUGUAGUAGUACAUUACUGCAUUUAUUGUGUGUGGUGCUGUGUGUUCAGUUCCAAAGAAUUAAACUAUUGGAAACUGUU